AUGGCCACCUGCGUCGCCUUCAAUUCCCGGCGUGAGGGCGAGGGCGCCACCCGGGGCAGGGCCGCAAGCAGCGGCGCUCCGCCCACUGGUGCCAGGUUCGACGCCGCCUGCCCGUACAAGUUCGUGGACCUCUCCCGGCCGGACUUCCCAGAGCUGGCCUUCCCCUCCGCCGGCAACAAGAAGUACCUCCUACCCGGGGGGGACUCCGAGGAGGACGUCGACGAGGUUUGGGCCAAGCUGCGAGAGGAGGCGGAGGAGGACGUGGAGAAGGAGCCCGUGCUGCGGACCUACUACCACAACGCCAUCCUCUCCCAUGCCUGCCUGGAGAGCGCCCUGGCCUCUCACCUCGCCAACAAGCUCGGCAGCGCCGAGCAGAUCCCCUGCGGCGUCUUGGUGGAGAUCUUCCUCGACGCCUUCCUGGCCGAUCCGGAGGUCCAGUGCGCCGUGCGAGCUGAUCUCCGGGCGGCGCGCGACCGGGACCCCGCCUGCUCCAGCAUGGCCCACUGCCUCCUCUACUACAAGGGCUUCCUCGCCUGCCAGGCCCACCGGGCGGCGCACCGGCUUUGGGCCAGCGGGCGCAGGGUGCUGGCCUUGUUUCUCCAGAGCCGCGUCUCGGAGGUCUUCGCCGUGGACAUCCACCCCGGGGCCCGGAUCGGCAAGGGGAUCCUCCUGGACCACGCCACGGGCCUUGUGGUGGGCGAGACGGCCGUCAUCGGGGACGAGGUGUCCAUCCUCCACAACGUGACGCUCGGCGGCACCGGUAAGGAAUGCGGCGACCGCCAUCCCAAGAUCGGCGACGGCGUUCUGGUCGGCGCCGGCACCCAGAUCCUGGGCAACGUCCGGAUCGGGGCCGGCGCCAAGAUCGGCGCCGGCUCGGUGGUGAUCAAGGAGGUGCCCCCCAUGACAACCGCCGUGGGGAACCCGUCGAAGCUGAUCGGCGGGAAGAAGAACCCGCUGAUGCUGGACAAGAUACCAGGCCUCACCAUGGACCACACCUCCUGGUCGGACUACGUCAUCUAA